CACCGGCGUCUCUCACUUAUCAUUUAUUUACAGAUAAAUCCGCAGCCUACACAUUGACCAUAGUGUUAAUUUAAAAAUCAAAUGGGAAGCUGUAUCUCCUCGUCGUCGUCGUCGUCAGGAACUCGUCGUCACAGCUCCGCCGACGCCGACGUGAUUCUGUCCAACGGUGAACUCCGCCAGCUCUUUGUUCCCGUCAAGGCCUCCCAAGUACUAGUAAUGUUCUCCGGCUCCGCGGCGGCGUCUUUCUUCCUCUGCAACUCCGACCGCCUCUAUUUCGACGAGCACAUCCCCGCGAUGGGUGCGGAGGAGGAGCUGGAGGCUGGUCAGAUCUACUUCGUUCUCCCCGCCGGCAGGCUCCACCACCGCCUCGCCGCUUCCGACAUGGCCGCUCUCGCAGUCACCGCCAGCGCCGCCCUCAAGAACACUCGGAUUCGCGCUAAACCCAGCAGGAUUUCGCCCGUAACCGGCCUCGGCAGCGAAUCCACAACAAUUGUUACUAGCCGCAGCACUAGUAAUAAUAAUUCUUCAUCGGCGGAGAAAAUGAAGCUGCAAAGAUAUUCGUCGUCUUCCCGGCGGGUUAAAAUGGCGGGAGUUCGAACCUUCAGACUGGUGACCAUUAACGAGGGUUCGGUUCUGGGUCGUACGUCGUCCUCAUUGAUAUACAUAUAGAUCCAUAUAUAUAUAUAUAUAUAUAUAUAUAUAUAUAUAUAUAUAUUGGUUCAGGUGAGAAUGCAAUCUAAUGAAAGAAAUAAGAAUGAAUCUG